GGUGUCUUUAUCUCUCCCAACUAAACCAGUAUAUGUACACAGAGAAUAUGAUCCAUGCAAUUCAGUUAUUAGAAAGCUAUUCAACCUAAAGGCACGUACAGCUCCCAUUUCGAUGGCUGAAAAAGUAAAUUUCUCGGAACUGCAGCUGAGUAAGAAAGUAGGAAGCGGAGCCACUGGAUAUGUGCUCAAGGCCAAUUGGCGUGACCAAGAGAUCGCGGUGAAGGUGUACGAUAUCUUAGAUCGGCGUCAUAAAAUAGCAGCAGAGCGGGAAAUUGCUCAAUUGUCCCAAAUCGAACAUGAGAAUAUUGUCAAGAUGUUUGGUUCCGCCGAUGAUGAUGAAUAUGCCUAUUUGCUGAUGGAAUACUUGGAGGAGGGUUCCCUACACGACUUUCUCCAUGGCGAUGAUCAGAGGGAGUACACCGUCGAGGAGGCCGUGCGCUGGGCCAAACAAUGUGUGGCGGCUUUGGUACACUUGCAUUCCAUGGAGCCAAAGCCAGUGCUUCAUCGUGAUAUUAAGCCACAGAAUAUGCUAUUAACCGAUAUGUUUGGACGCCUAAAGAUUUGCGAUUUCGGUACAGCAACAGAUUUGGCAACAUAUCUCUCACAAAUGAAGGGUACACCAGCCUAUAUGGCUCCAGAGGUAUAUAAGGACGAAAAAUACACAGAUAAGUGUGAUAUCUACAGUUUUGGUAUCAUGUUGUGGGAGAUGAUGUCCCGUCAGGUGCCCUUUAGUCACUUGGAAAACAGCGAUAAUGGAUUUGCCGUUUUGGGAGCUGCCAUAAGGGGCGAACGUCCUCCCCUGGAAGCAGUUAGACCCGAUUGCUGGGAGGGCAUUAGGAAAUUGAUAGUCCGUUGUUGGGAUAAGGAUCCCGCCUGCCGGCCUACCUCGGAGCAAAUUGAGGAGUAUCUGGGCAGUCUGUGCGCCAACUUCAACUAUGAGGACUAUAUUGAAAUCCUUGGCGAUGACACCGUGGCCGUGGUUACCUUUCACAAGGAUCCGACCGGCAUUCGGCGCAUUAUGCGCAUUGAUUUCUGGCGCAAGCAGGAAAAAACGAUCCGUCUGACCAUUCCGAUCGUAGAGCGGGAAACUGCGAAAUUGGGUCGUAUUGUGGCCCGGGAGAUCUCGGUGGCAGCCCAAGAUGUGGGCAGGGAGUCAGCCAGGGCAGCUAAGGAUGGAGAACGUGAAGUCCGGCGGGCGGAGAAGGAUGGAGAGCGUGAAACUUCAAGGGUGGCAAAGGAUGGAGAGCGUGAAACUUCAAAGGCGGCAAAGGAUACAGAGCGGGAAGUCUCCAGGGCGGCCGGAGAUCCGGGACGUGAGGUGGCCCGCGCGGGCAAGGAUGUGGAAGGAGCGGUCAGAAAGAUGAAGAAGAAGCUGCGAUUCUGAGACCAAAAUAUGAUUAUUAAUUCGUUAUGUUAAU